UGCGCUACCCUUUACCAAAACGGCACCAAAACACGAAACUUGGGUCAUCUGGAAAGAAUCGCCUAAUAACAGAGCCCCUCUCUGCAUCGCCGUUGUGAACUUUGUCCACUCCGCUUCUCCAAAUCCCAUCGCCAUGGUCUCUCUCCGCUUCCCUUUCUCGUUUUCUCAGCCCCCGAGGCCUCCCCACCGCCCCCGGGCCUCGUCCCACUACCAUCCCGCCAUCGCCGCCGCCGCCGCCGCCGUCUCUGCCGGCAUAGGCCUUGCCGUCUCUCUCAAAUCGGCAAACCAAGUGGAGCCAUCUCCCCAGCGGCUUUCUUCUCCCAUGUGGGCUGCUCUCUCCCUCUCCGACGCCCCCACCUCCACGGGAACGGCAGUCGAGCCCAAGACCCGUGCCACUUUUCCCACGGCGUUGGACGGCGGCCGGCGCCUCCUGGGGAUUGGAUUGCGGAAGAAUUGUGUCUUGGGGAUGAAGGACAUUAACGUCUACGCCUUCGGUGUCUAUGCGGAUGAUAGCGAUGUAAAAAAAUUGAGUGAGAAAUAUGGAAUGCUUUCGGUUUCUGAACUGAAAGAAAAUAAGGAGUUAAUUGCAGAUGUUUUGGAUCAGGAUUUAUGCAUGACAGUUAGGCUUCAAAUAGUAUAUGGAAGACUUAAUAUACGAUCAGUGCGCAGUGCAUUUGAAAAAUCUGUGGGAAGCAGGAUCAAAAAGUUUAGUGGAGCAGACAACAAAGAAUUGCUUCAAAGUUUCACAUCCUUAUUUAAAGAUGAAUACAAGCUACCAAGGGGAUCUGUAAUAGAUCUUUCCAGGGAGCGAGGUUAUGUUCUUCGAACAAGAAUUGAUGGAAAAGAAGUAGGGCGCAUCCAGAGCAGCCUCUUGUGUCGGUCAAUAUUAGAUCUUUACUUUGGUGAGGAUCCAUUUGAUAGACGUGCUAAAGAAGAUAUUCAACUUGGUUUGGCAUCUAUCCUACAAAAAGAGAUCUGAUUAAAUUGACCUUGUGACUUCCAUUUAAGAAAAAAUGAUAUAAUUUAUGUGAAAGAUUUUGAACUCUGUACAAGUUAAUAUACUGCAGGUUUUUCUUUUAAUGCAUGUAAUCAUAAUUAUUAUUUUCUACGAGGCUAUAUCUGUUGACUUAUCUGACAUAUUUAUAUCUUAAAAACUUAGUAUUAUAAACACAAUACACACACAUACGCGCGCGCGCA